AUGACUAUGGAUUCACCUGCAUUGUGUGUGGUAUGCGGAGCAACUGCAAUAGGACGCAAUUUCGAUGCAUAUACAUGUUUAUCUUGCAAAGCAUUUUUUCGCCGAAAUGCCUAUAAUGAACAUCUUCGUUAUACAUGUCGAGUUUUAAGUAAAUGCGAAAUAACAAUUACAACAAGACGUCAUUGCUCAGCUUGUCGUCUUAAUAAAUGUUUUCAACGUGGAAUGAAAAAAGAACUUAUUCGUAGUUUAACUGCUAUUAAUCGAGCUACAUCAGGCAUGAUUAUUAGUAGACAAUUUUAUGAACGGCAAAAACCAAAGUUAACAACUAUGGAUUUAUUAUCAACACAUGAUCCAUCAGCUCUGUCAUUCGAUGACUGGACUUUGAUAACAAAUAUUCGAAAUGUGUAUGAAGAUUAUUGUAUUGAAUCAUUUCUUGCUUCACAUGAAACUAUUCCUCUUAUAAUAACAACGCAACCCUAUCGUUCACGUAUUAAACUACAACGUUUAAUUGAUCUUAGAGGAAAAUAUCUUUAUGCUCUUGCUUCAUUUAUUAAGCGCAUUCUUCAAUACGAUCAUAGAUUUGUUGAAAAUCCUUAUGAAUAUAUUAAAGAUAAUAUUAGAACAUUAUUAUCAUUGAAUACAAGUGAAUUAAUGCAAUCAAAUGUAUUAGAAUAUUUUCCAUGGGAACAUGAUCGAUUUUUAUUUGAAUCAGUUUUUACUGAACAUCUUAUUCACCGGUUAGAAAUACAUAUAUGUACUUAUCAAACAUUAUUACCAUAUGAUCCAGUUAUUCAAAAAAUAUUUCUUAUCAUUCUUGUGUUAACCUAUGACAUUUCACCAUUAAUAAAAAAAGUGCAAUACAGUUCAAAUGAUUUCAAUCCAUAUCCAAAAGAUAUUUUUCUAUCUCAAAAUUAUUAUUUAACACUUCUAUGGAAAUAUGUGAUAUACAGAUUAGGUUAUUAUCAAUCUAUUUUGUAUUCAGUCAGAUUUAUUCAACAUAUUCUUCAUAGACAAUUAAUUGAAGCCGAUUUGACAGAUGUAAUACUUAAUAGAGAUGAUCAUGGUCAUCUUGCCCGGUUGAUGGAAACAAAAAGUGUAUAA